AUGGUUUUAUUCUAUGGUAGCGUCAACAUCCUACAGUUAUUACGUAAGGAGCAACAGGGUUUUUUCCCAACGGUAGCAUCAACAUCGUACAGUUGUUACAUAGAGAGCAACAAGGUUUUGUCCUAUGGUAGCAUACAACUGUCUCGUCUAAACACAGACACAAUUGUCUCGUCUGCAGACAAACUCGAAGCAGACACAACUGUCUCGUCUAACACUUGCAGACACAACUGUCUC